CUGAUCACUCUCGUGUCAGUCUCUGGCAGAGACAGCCGUCUCCCGCGACGACGAGACAACCGUCUGCUUUCAACAACACAAACACGUCUAGCACACACUUGUCUUGCUUGUUCCAGACCAGCAUUCUCACUCAGGGCGCAACGCAACACGCUAUCAGCAAGCUAGCUACCGACACACGGCCCGACAAUCCUUAUCCUGCGGCCGCCGGCCCACACCCCUUCCUCGCCAUGACAGGCAGCAGUGCCCCGCCGCCACCAAAGCCGUCGUCGCGAAUCAUUAGCGACUGGUCUCUCGAUGCGAGUCUCAAGACGGCAUCGUACCCUGGCUCUGCCGACGGGGUCGAGGCGCUCGAGAGUGGAGUCGAGAACCUCGCGCUCGAGUCACUACCCAUUGACAUGAGCCGGCUGCCCAAAGAGUAUCUCGAGGCAUAUCCGUACCCCGCCUUCGUCCUCAUCAAUGAUGUCCCCCCACGGCCGUGGGCGAACGGCCGCGGAAUCGAGCCGACAUCGGUGAUCGAUCUGCCAUUCACCCAGACGACAGCCCUAUCCCUCCCAACCUUUACGCCAGUAUGGGCCAACGAGCCGUGGAAACUGGCUGCAGAGGGCAAACCACUUCUCUCAUGUCUCUCGAUUGAGAGCGCGCGCAUGUUGGGCGAGUGGCUAUCCGGAGCCCAGGAUUUACGCGUUCGCUCCAUUUCGGGAGCCACCAGCAAUCACAACAGCAUUCCUGACCUCGACUCGCCAGAUGCCGUGCCCGAGACUUCUCCAGGAUCCGUCUCAGACGUCACCAAUACCCCCUCUCUGACGUCUGCGUCGACGCAGGACACGACUCUUUCGGGCACGCCUGCAGACCUGCUCCCUCCGCCCUCCACUCUCACCCUCGAGUUCAGCUUCCCCUCUGGCCCGCGCGUCUUCGAGGUCAUCAGGUCGACCAUGCCCGUGUACUACAGCAACAGGAAAGAGGCGUCCCAAAUUGGAACACAUACCUUUGCCGUCAUCACCAUGAUUCCUCGGCCCGGGUCUCAGCUGCUACCAAAGCAGCAGCUGUCUCCUGUCACUCCCAAAUCGGCUGGCAUCCCAGCUGUCACCAUGGUGGAGCUGGAGGACGAGAUUACAACGCCAUCGAUUCCGAAGGGGUCUGAGCUGGCUCGCUUGAUGCUCACGGGAAGACCUGAAGAACCCCGUUGGACACCAGAAUCCAACACGCCGCACGCGAUGGAGAGCCCGUCGCUCGCCAGCGGCCCCGUUCACUUCUACCGCGAUGGGAGAGUCAGAAAUAUCGUUUCUGCUACCAGUGUCAAAUCGGAGAGUGACGACGCUACUACAACGGACGUCCACGAGCUGCUCGACCGUGUCGAUUGGGCAAAGACGUCACUGGGUGCAAAGGAUGAUUGGUCUCAGAGCCUCAAAACGAGUGUUUCAAUGGUGCUCUACUACCCGCUCAAGGCCUGUCUGUGGUGGGGCAAGGACUUCACUCUGAUCUAUAAUCAGAUGUAUGCCGAGCAAGUGCCAAACCACCCCAACGUGUUUGGCAAGUCCGGUCCUCAAGCUUGGGCAGAAAUGUGGACCGUGCUCGGCCCCUUGACAGAACUGGUCCUUGGAGGAACUCCUAUGUAUCGGGAGGACGAUUUCUUUUUGUGGCGAAAAGUCGACACCGAGCCGCUCUACGAGGCGUAUCGCUCCCAUGUCUGGCUCCCGAUCCUCAAGCCAGAAGGCCAAGUCGGAGGCUUGUUCCACUCCAUGGUGGACACCACCGAGAAGGUCCUCUCCGAGCGCCGAAUGGCCGCCAUCAGAGAUAUGGGUGAACGGACCUUUGUUGCCCGCACCGUCGAGGAGUUUAGCCAAGGCGUCUUGGAGGGUAUCGAAUCGGGUUACAAGGACACUCCGUUUGCCCUCCUCUACCAUGUUGAGCCACCAAACACCUCGCAACCGAGAAAGACCUUUGCGCAUAUCAUGCCCUCGGACGAUCAGCUCGCCCCGACGCAGGUUCAGCUCCGAUACGCAGGAGGUGUAGGCGUUCCGGAAGGUCAUCCAUCAUCGCCAGCCACAACGACUGUUACGAUCCCCGCUCGAUCGAUUGAUGUAUCCAGCAGUAUCAAGGCAGCGUUUACCGACCCCGAUGCUGGUCACCGGCAUUCUUCAGCUUCAAUUGGCGGUGUCAACCCAUUUGGAAAUGCCCAGGCUCUCACCGACCCAGAGGACAUCAUCCGCGGGGCGAGCGAGCAAAAGAACGCCGGCCACCAGUGGCCCUUUAUGCAGGCCAUCCAGACUCGGCAGCCUGUGCUCGUCGAGGACUGCCGCUCCAUCAUUACUGGAUAUCCUAUCAGGGUGUGGGAUGAGUUACCAACCAAGGCGCUCGUCAUCCCCAUUGCCCAUGAUUCGGAGGAGGGCCUGCCGAAUGCGAUUCUCGUCCUUGGCCUCAACGUUCGGCGUCCCUACGAGGCGGACUACAAGGCUUUCAUUCACGGCCUUCGCCUCCAGAUUGCUUCUGGCUUGACGGCAGUGCGGUCAUACCAGGCUGAGAUCCGCCGAAUCGAAGAGCUCGCGGCGCUCGACCGGGCGAAGAGCAUGCUCUUCUCCAACGUCUCACAUGAGCUGAGAACGCCACUGACGCUUAUUGCUGGGCCGAUUGAGGACCUGGUGAACGAGAUGCCUGAUGGACCACAGCGCGAAGCGCUCAUCAUGGCUAGGCGGAAUGUGCGCCGCAUGACCCGGCUGGUAUCCAUGCUCAUGGACGCAAGCAAGCUCGAGGCAGGCAGGCUCAAGGGCUCGUUCCGCCUGGUCAACCUUGGCAUCGUCACGCGCGACAUUGUCAGCCUCUUCCGAACCGCCAUGGACAGAACAAAGCUUGAAUUCAUCGUCGACUGCGAUCUCAGCAACUGCGAGGUCUACGUUGAUCCUGAGAAGUGGGAGAAGAUUCUGUUCAACUUGGUCGGAAACGCCAUGAAAUAUACAAUGGAGGGCUACGUCAAAGUGUCUCUCCACUACACCCGCGAGGAGGCAAUCGUCGAGGUGGCCGAUACAGGUGUCGGAAUCCCAACCUCCGACCUCAGCUCUGUUGGCGAACGUUUCUUCCGCGCCGAAUCAGUAGCGCAUCUUCACGAGGGCACUGGCAUCGGGCUGUCAUUGACCAAGAAACUCAUCCAACUGCACCAAGGCACGCUGGACAUUGAGAGUAACACUGCCGAGCAGUCGGACGAUGGCAGCCACGGCUCAGUGUUCCGCGUCCACAUUCCACUUGGCCGCAACCACCUACCCCCUGAUUCCAUCGAAGACGACGUUACGACAGACAUUGUCUCCUCCUCGCGGUCCUACACCCCAGGCAUGGGCGAGGAGUGGCACAGCUGGUCCGAGGGCAGCAUGUCCGAGUGGUUUGACGCCGACGAGCCGUCGACGAACGUCAUGCCUGGUCUCGGCCCCUCGUCGCGAGGCAUCGAUCCAAGUACGCUGUACUUCAAGAAGGAAGACGUUAUCAUGCUUGUUGACGACUCGGCUGAUACACGACGAUACGUUCGGUCAAUCCUCGAGCCGUUCUGCACCAUCGUCGAGGCUCGCGAUGGCCAGGAAGCUCUCGACACAUACGACGUCAAGCCGCCCGACCUUAUCAUUGCCGAUGUCAUGAUGCCGAGACUUGAUGGCUUCGGCCUUCUGGAAGCGCUUAGGAAGGGAACGAAGGAGCAGCAGAUUGUCCCAUUCAUUCUGCUCACCGCUAUCGACGACGGCCAGUUUGAGGGUCUCCUAGCAGGCGCUGAUGACUAUCUCUCGACGCCUUUCAACGCGCGUGAGCUCGUGGCUCGUGUUCACAUGCAGCUGCAGCUUGGCAAGAAGCGCAAGACGCUGGAAACACUGUUCGACGAGCGUACUGCCGAACUGAGGACGUUAACAGAGCUGUCACCGGUUGGCAUCUUCCGAUGCACUCCAGACGGCUAUGUGUCGUACGCCAACCACGCCUGGCAUGACCUCUCUGGCUACCCUAUGGGCCAGGAGAUCACCAACUGGGGUGACUUCAUCGUGGAGGAGCACCAGGCGCGUAUCCGCCACCUCUGGGAGACAUACGUACCGUCGACCGCGCCAAGCGUAUGGGCCGAAUGGCAAUGGAACAAUGGGCGGUGGGGUGCCACACAGGUGCUCCGCCUCGACGAGGUGGUUCCUGGCUCUCCUCCAGGCUUCAUCGGCUGCUCAAUCGACAUUACCGAACGCAAGCUGAACGAGGAGAUGCAGCUCUUGCGCGUCAAGGAGGCGGAGCAACGGCGCGAAGAGGCCGAGGAUGCCAAACGCCAACAAGAACUCCUCAUCGACAUCACGUCGCACGAGAUCCGCAACCCGAUCAGCAGUCUCAUGCAGUGUUCAUCGCUCGUCAAGACCAAUUUGACGGCUCUGCAGGAAGAGCUGAAGCGCAGCAUGGAAGGGGACGACGACUUCAAGCCGACGCACCAGCUCCUUGCGACGAUCGACGACGACCUCGAGGCACUGGAGAGUAUCUACCAGUGUGCCCUUACGCAAGAGCGGAUCAGCAACGAUGUGUUGUCUCUGGGCAAGAUUCAGCUCGACAUGUUGCAAAUGUUCGACGUCGAGACGACAAUCGCCAAGCAGGCGCAAAAGGCCGUGUCCGUGUUCCAGAACGAAGCACGCAUGAAGCGUAUCGACCUGUCCAUGGAACUCGGGGAGGCGUUUGAGAAGUUGGGAGUGGAGGUGGUCUUGACGGAUCCAGUGCGACUGGGUCAGGUUGUCACCAACCUGUUGUCCAAUGCAAUCCGUUUUACGGCCACGAGCAAGGUCCGCAAGAUCAAGCUCGAGGUUGAUGUCGGUUUGGAGCAGCCGACGGAUGCGACCUGCAACAAGCCCAAGCCGUCUGGCCCUCUGCCGUCAUCUGUCGACGCUGACACACCGUUGUACCUCUAUGUGUCUGUGUCCGACACAGGCCCAGGCCUCACCGAGGAGGAACUGAACAUGCUCUUCCUGCGCUUCUCCCAAGCAUCAGCCAAGACCCACACUGUCUUUGGCGGCUCAGGCCUCGGCCUCUUCGUCUGCCGCAAGAUCACGGAGCGCAUGGGCGGCCGUAUCGAAGUGGCAAGCAAGUACGGCCAGGGGUCCACGUUCCGCUUCUUUAUCAAGGCUAGGGCAUGUCCGAUCCCCAGCGGCCCAGCCCACCCCGGCACCCCGCUGGCUGACCCGACGGCGUUCAGCUGGGACACGGAGAAGCCGCACAUCUUGGUAGUGGAGGACAACCUGAUCAACCAGACGGUUCUGAGGCGGCAACUCAAGCACGUCGGGCUGACGGUGGACUGUGUGUCGAAUGGCGUCGAGGCGCUGGACAAGAUCCGCUCGACCAUGUCGCUGGUGGAGGGGACAAGCGAACGGCAGAACCCCAAGGAGCGCGGGUACGACUGUGUCCUGAUGGACCUCGAGAUGCCGAUCAUGGACGGGUACACGGCUGCGCGGAUGCUGCGGGCAGACGAGGAGGCUGGCAAGGUGACGCGGGCGUCGAUUAUCGCGUUAACUGGAAACGCGCGACAGGCGCUGAUCAACGAGGCGAUGAAGGACUUUGACGAUGUAGUGGUCAAGCCGUACCGCUUGGACCAACUGCUGUCCAAGAUUGAGACGCUCACAAAAGGCACGAUUGACAGGGCAGGCAAGAGAGAGGUGACGAGACCUGCACUGAGAAGGAGGACGGGCGGUGUGGAGAUGGCGCCGGCGGUGCAGGCAGCGCAAUCCUAGAAUGUAUCCCUAGACGACUGUAAUAGCGGAGGGCCGCGAC